CAGAAAAAGUAACGUUAAAUGUAAAAAAAAGGUAAGGUUUGAGGAAUCAAGAAAAAGUCUGCAUUUUUAAACACAUAAUAUUAUUCUUUCUUUGAAGUACCUUAUGAAUAGGUAGAAUACUGGAGGCACAUUACAGUACAAUGUACCUAAACACCGAGGUUCGGUUAUGUACUUUCUUUCAAUUUUGGAAAAAGCCUAUCUACUUGCUGUGCGCACCUUUCUUACUCCAUUAUGAAGAUAAAGUGAAAAAUCCGAAACAGGAAAAUACACUUACGUACAAUGAAAAAAUAAGUGUCUAGCUGAGCCGGUAUCGAAAAACAUAGCAAACAUGAUAACAUGACGGACAGCUCGCACAAAUGACAUCACAAUUUCUCAAAAAAGAAUAACUUCAAAGUGUCUCGCUGAGCGUUGGCAAUUUUUCACACUUCUGAAUUCAGUUCAAUUAUUCCACAAUAAAAAAUAUGUCAGAAAAAGUAACAGUUACCGUAAAAGAGGGUAAGGUUCGAGGCAUCAAAAAAAAGUCAACAUUUUCAAACACUGAAUAUUACUCGUUUUUUGGAGUACCCUAUGGGCAGAGCACUGCAGGAACAUUCCGCUACAAGGACCCUGUACCAAUCAAACCUUGGAAAAACAUUCUUGAUGCAACAAUUGAGAAAAAAAGCGGCUGCUUGCAAUUUUCAGUGCACCAUAAGUGUAUUUGUGGAUCUGAAGAUUGCCUAUACAAUAAUAUCCACACCCCCACAAUACCUUCGAAAGGCGAUCCGCUAAAGGCUGUAAUCGUCAAUAUUCACCCAGGAGGAUUAGUUCACGGUUCCCCAGAAACAUGGUAUUACGGAUCACCCGAAUUGAUAAUGCAUCUAGAUAUCGUAUACGUUUCUGUAGCUCACAGACUGCAUUUUCUAGGAUUUUUGAAUUUGGACUUGGAAGAAUGCUCGGGUAAUCAAGGACUGAAGGAUAUUAUAAUGGGUCUUCGAUGGAUAAAAAAUAACAUCAGCGCAUUCGGUGGUGAUCCUAACAAUGUGACUUUAUUAGGGAGCAGUAAUGGAGCUGUAACGAUACAUCACAUAAUGUUAUCGCCUUUGGCGAAAGGAUUAUUCCACAAAGCUGUCAUGAUGGGAGGGUACGCUUUCAAUCCCUUACGUAUUUUCACAGAAGAAAACGCGACAUUGAGCUCACAAAUUGCUCAAGACCUUGGUUACGAAGUGACUGAUAAAAGAGAUAAGAAAAAAUUACUAUCAAUUUACAGGAAAUUGGCGGUGGAAACAAUCGUUCAAUUCAGACCUGAUCGGUCAAUCAAUCAGUAUUUAGGAACGCCUUUCCCUUGCUCCCCGUUUAUGCCUACAAUAGACCCAGGAGAAAACGGUGCCUUACCAAAACAUCACAAGGAAUUGAUUGAUACUACUGCUCGAGUACCCAUAUUAUUUGGAAUUUGUGAAAAUGAGGCUGCAUUGGGAUUCUGCAGAGGAAUGAGAGAAGGAACAUUAAACCAUUUUUUUACUUCCAUUCGAUACAACUACUUCGGCUGGGGAUAUGAUUUAACAAAUGAUGAAAUACAAUUCAUCAAAGAACAAAUAGAAGCUUUCUAUUGGAAAGGAAAACCAAUAGAGGCAGCUCCACUGCCAUUGAAAAUUGACAUUCACACUGAUAUGGCAUAUUCGGAUGCAUAUAAUACAUUGAUAAAUGUAAUCGCAGCAGAUCUUCCCUCAUCAGUUUAUGUUUACAAAUUUACAUUUGAAGGAAAUGCGUGUACUUUAAAAGAUAAGCUAAUGGGGUUAUUUGAUGAACCGAUAGAAGGAACUCUUCAUGGUGAUGAUUUCUGUUAUUGGGCAAAAAUUACUAACCGUUGGGAUAUACACGAUCGACCAUGGACAUCAGAAACUAGUAAAAUGAUCAACACAUUUACCAAAAUUAUUGGAAAUUUUUCAAAAACUGGGAAUCCAAAUUGUGAAGAUCUUGGAACCAACUGGAACCCGUCAACUAUUGAGAAACCGUGUUAUAUGAAGAUAGAUAGGAAAAUGGAAUUGAUAGAUGGAAAACUAAAUGGAGAGCGAAUGGAGUUUUGGGAAAAUUUGAAGAAGAAAUUGAAGAGAGAAUGAACUGAAGAUGAAAUUCGAUAAAAAUGAAAACCUGUAGAAAUGUAGAUACCUACGCUUAAUUAAUAAUAAUUACGUAUUUCAAACCAA